AUGGAUAUAGAUCAACUAGACAAUUCUCAAAACGAAAUUAACAAUGGAUAUUCACCACUUUCAUAUAAAAAAAAAAAAAAGUGUGUAAAUAAAUAUCAUUUAAAAUUAAGCACUGUGAAUUCCAUAACUUUUUUUAGAAAGAUAAAAUUAAAAAAAAAAAUUAAAUCUCUCAUUAAAGUGGGAGAAAUGAAGGUUAAGGGGGUAAAAAAACAAAGUGAAGAUAAUAAUAAAAACUUUAUUAAUAACAUAAAAGAAAAUAUAAACAAGAAUCCUGAACAACAAUUGCAUAAUAUGCAGAAUGAAAAUAUAAUUUACAUUAAUGAUAAAGAUACGAAUCCUGAAAAAAAAACUUAUUAUGAACAUGUAAAUAAAAAACCUAUUGAUUUUGACAUAAUCGAUUCAUAUAUAAAUAAUAAUUGUGAUGAUUUUCUAAUCGACGAUUAUGAAACUUUAUACUCAGAUAAUUGUUCUAUUAAGGAAUCAAUUAAAGAAUUGAUAAAUAACUGUAAUAAUAUAUUUAACAAUAACUUGGAAAAUAAAAUUACUUAUAAUUUUUCAGAAGACAUUGAUUUAAAAGAUCCCAAAUUUAUUGCAGAAAAUUUAACAAAUGAAGAAAUUUUAAAACGUCGGGAUUCUAAUUAUAUUGAUAAUUCUAUAGAUGAUAAGGAUAUAGAUAUAGCCUUGAACAUUCCCACUGAAAAUAAUGGAUAUAGUCCAUUAUCUUAUCAAACUAGUGAUUGUAAAAAGGUUAACUCUUUAAAUAAUUAUAACAUAUUAAAUGAAUAUAAAGACAACAUAAUUUUUACCAAGAAGAGUAAAAAUUAUUAUCCUAAUUGUAAUACAUCAAUUUAUGUGGAAAAUCCAUUUUCUGAAUUAUGUAAUAAUUAUUUAAAUGAAAGAAAAAUAGAAAUAAAUACUUCCAUUUUAGAUCCGCAAUUAAAUAAUACGUAUAUAAAAACUUCAAAGAAUACUAACAAAAGUGUAGAUAACAAUUGUAGAAAAAAAAAAUGUAAUAAAAAAAAAAUGACGAAAGCACAUUUAACUUCGUAUACAAGUUUCAAUUUAUACACUCAAAAAAAUUUAUGUAAUUUAUUAUUAAAUAAUGUAAUUAUAAAAAAUCGAAUACAAAUGAAGUCCAAUAAGGAAAAUAGUGAUCCUGCUUUUUAUUUUAGGAUUACGAAAAAGAACAUGCCAAUUUUGCAUACAAGAAUGUGUGGGAAAAAAGAAAAAAACAAAUCAAAACAAAUAAAAAUAAAUUAUUAUGCCAAUAAACAUUUUAAUCGAUUUGGUCUGUCUAAUGUCGAAAAUUGUUCAGAUGAAAAAACAGAACAAGUAAAAUGUAAUAGUUUCAAAAUUUUAAAACUUGAAGCUAAUCAAAAUGAUAAUCUUUCUAAUGAGCAUAAAAUGGUUAAACGCAAAAAAGAAAUUAUAAAUCACCAAAGUACCACGAAAAGUUCUUUAAAUACUAAUGAAAAUAUAAUAGAUAUUUUGUAUGAAAAUGAAAAAUUAGAUAAUGAUGAUGUUUUUAAAAUCGGAACAAACAUUCGUAAUGAUACUUGUUUUUAUAAUAACGAUAAUAAUAGAAGUAGUAGUAAGCAUAAAAGUGUGAAAGAGGAUGUCAGUAAGUUUGAAAAACAGAAAAUAGAAAUCUCUAAGGAUAAAAAUAAUAAACCCCAAAAUAAAUCAAACAUAGAAAUCCUUUUAAAAAAAGUAAAAUUAAAAAAAUGCAAAAAUAUGACAUAUAUUUAUUUUUAUGGAGAAGAUAAUUUUAAAAUUUGUAAAUUUAAAAUCGAACCUGAUAUAGUAAAAAGAAGCUGUAAAUUGUUUAAAAAUAUAGAUGUGUCUAAAAAAAAAAAAUGUAUUUUUACUAUUAAAAAGGAUAGAAUACUAAAAAGAUUUAUAAAAAUUUCGUUAUCAAAUAGUAACAAUUUUGUAAACAAUAAAAAUUAUAAUAAGAAAAUUAUUCCAAACUUGAAUUUUCAGAAUAAUAGCAUAUGUGAAAUAACCGAUAAAAUAUUUAAUGUAUCAAACUUUUUAAUUAUUUUUACAUUAAUAAAGAUUAAAUCUAAAAUUUAUAUAUUUGUAAACGAAAUUAAUAGUAUAAAAGUAAAAGUAAAUGAAAUAAUUAAUCAUAUUGAUAAAAAUAUAAAUGAAAUAUCUAAUAUUAUUACUAGCUUGAAGAAUGUAGAUAAUAUUAAAAAUACACCAGAAAAUAUUAAGCUAAUAAACUUAAUGAUUGUCUUUCUAAAAAUUACAAAUAUUUACAGUAGCGCUUCGGAAAAAGUAAAAUCACAAUGUAAUGAAUUUACUUCUAUUCAAUACAACCAUGAAAUAGUUCACAGUUAUAUUUUUUUUAUCAAAAAAUUUGAUAAGUAUAUAAUUACUAGUGUUAUGGAUAUACAAAAUUUUUAUACUAAAAUUAAGGAACUGAUGAAAAUAAAGCAAAAGGAAAAGGAAACAAAGAAAAGUUUAAAUGAAAAUAUAUGUAUAAAACAAAAUGAUAAUUUUAUUCUUUCUUCCGUUUAUAGCAAUCUGAUACAUUGUUUAAUUACCCACUACCAGAAAAUAUUAAUCUUUAGAAAAAUAUUGGACAUAUAUUUAAUAGAGUUAAAAAAUUUCAAAAAAUACCAAAAAGAAUAUAUAUAUAACAAACUUCAUUUUAUAACUCGCUCAAAAUGCCCAUACAAUCUUCUUCUUUUUUCAUUUGUAAUAAAAUGUAAAUGGCUAUCAGAAAUAAGUAUAAGAUACAUAUGCAACAAUUUUAACCUUAAGGAGUUUGAUAAGGAAAAAAAACAAUAUUUCUCUUUUCUAAGUAAAAAAAUAAAAAUGAAAAUUUUAAAUAAAUUUAAAGAAAAUAACAAGAAUGAUAUAUAUAAUAAGUUAAAAGAAACACAAUUUCAUGAAUCCUUAGAUAUAUUUAUAAAUAAUUCAACAAAUAAUUCGGUUAAUUCUUCUUUUAUAAAUACAUACGGACAGCCAUUAGAUAUAGACAAUAUGAGCGACUUGUUCAAAACAAAUGAAACAUUAGAUUUUGUAAAAAGUGUGCGAAAAUUUUUAGAAAAAAAAAAUGGGAUAUGCAACAAAAGUAACAAAAUAAUAAGAAUGGACAAAUAUAAAGAUAUAAAAAAAAAUGAUACAUUAUCUUUACGCAAAGAAAAAAAACAUGAGCAUACAGAAAAAAGUAAAAACAAUGAUGAAAAUUCUACAAUAUUAAAAUUAAAAAAAGAAUUAUCAUUAAAUCAAAUAAAAAUAUUUAAAAAACAAAUAAAAGGAAAUAAUCAAAACAUAACGAAUAUGAACAAAUUAAAAAUAAACAAGAAUUAUUUUUUAACUAACCAGUUAAAUGAAUACAAUAUCAAGGACAAUUGUAAAGAUAAGACAAAAGAAGAUAAAAAAGGAAAUAAUAACAAAAACUUAAAUAUUAAUAAUAAUAAAAAUAUAGAGAAAAAAUUUAUAAAAGACUAUAAUGAUAGAUAUAUCAGUUAUGAAGAAAUAAAAAUGAUCUCUAAUUUAUCAGAGAAAGCCAACCCUCCAAAAUUUGGACAAAAUAAUAAAAAGGAUAAAAUAAAAAUUGUUGAAAAUAUUAAAAAUAUAAAAAAAAUAGAAAAAAAAUAUAAACACAUGCAAGAAGCUAAAAAUAAAGAAAAUUUCAAAAUAACCUUAAAUGAAUUAAGGUUAAAAAAAAUCACAAAAAAAAAUAACAUUAAACUUUUAAAAUCGAGGUUAUUAAAAAACAAAAAAACAAUCAGUGUGCCACUUUGCGAUAUGAAAAAUGAUACUAUAGACAAUAUUUCAGUUAAUUUAAAAAUAAAUAAAAAAUGUAUAAAUCAUGAAACAAAUUCUAAAUCUAAUAUUACCAAAGUUGUGAAAUAUACGCAUUUACACGAUGCUAGCAAUUGCAAAGUUAGUAAUAAUGAUGAUAAAAUAAAGCCUUCAAAUUGUGAAAAUAUAAAACCGUUAUAUAAUGAAAUAAUUAAAAAUAAUUCCAUUGAUAAACAGCCAAACAAAUUUAGUAUGGCUUUAAGAAAUAAGGGAAGAAAAAAUAGUCAAAUAUUUUUGAAUAAAUACGAAAAAGACUAUAUCAGGAAUGGAAAUACGAACAAUUCAGAACAAACUAAGCAUUAUUCAAAAUCUGAGAAAAUAAACUCAGAAAUUAUGCAUAUAAUUAAUGAAUCAAAUCGUGGAAUACAAAAAGUUAAUAAUAAAUAUAUUUACAUGGAAAAAAAUUAUAAUAAAAAUGUAGAAAAUGACAUCAAAUUAUUAGAAAAUUCAAUAUAUUCCAAUAUCUUUUAUGAUCAAAUAAAUGAACCAAAUUUUUCAGAAAAUAAUUUUUUUUUUAUAACCCAAAUGGAUAAUAGCGAUAAAAAAAUAAAGCCCAGUAAAAGAAACUGUAAUACAAUUGUUUCCCCGCAAACAAGUUGUAUUAUAAAUUCAAAAAAUAAGAAUACAGAAUCACUGAAAAAUAAUAAUCUUACUUCUAACAAAAUUAUUAAAUAUAAAUUAUCUGAUUACUCUCAAAAAAUUAAUAAACAUGAAAAAGGAUUGCAUCUUUACAGUUUUAAUGGUGUAAAACAUGAAAAUAAACAUGUGAAAAUGUAA